CUUGCCUCGCUCCCACGCUCGCCCGACGUGCUCUGCUCCCCACAACUACCUCCUCGAGCGAGCAGCUGCGACGAUGGGCUACUCCCUCUGGCUGCGUCCGGCGGCAGCAGAGCAGGCCGUGCUGACGCCCAUGAUGGAUGCACUGCGGCAAGCCGAGCCGCGCGCCUCAGCGCCGUUUGACGCUCACGUCACGCUGCUGUCCGGUCUAGCGCCUGCUCCGGAUGACAAGUCGGGCGUAGAGGCGCUGUGGAAGACGACGUGCGAGGCGAUUGAUGAAUGGCGGAAAGAGCAUGGCAAGGGACCGAUCGAGGCUGGUCUCAAGGCUUGCACGACGCGCGGCGCCUUCUUCCAGCGCUCGGCAAGCAAGACCAGCCGCCGUUCUUCCCGCACGCCUCGCUGCUCUAUGCGCCGCUCUCGGCCGCCGAGGCCGAGGAGCGCAUCGAGCAGCUGCGCAAGGACGGCGUGUGGAGCACGCAGGGCGACGGCAUCGAGUUUGGAAGCGAGAAGCUCAAGACGCUCAGCCUUGGGCGCGUCGAGUUGUGGGAUACCAACGGGCAGGUGCAGGAGUGGAAGUGCCUCUGCGGCACGGACCUGUGAGCAAGACAGCAGCCUUGAAGAGUCACCAAUCCACUGCAUCAGAUCGUUGCUCGGCAGCGCAAGGAUGAAGGAAGAGAAGGCUCAUGCGUGACGGCACGGAACAGCAGCGCCCAUGGCUCGGCAGAGCGGGAGAAAAGGUGCGGCUGCCUUCCCCUCGCUUCUUGCCGCCAAAGCGAUGCUUCUUGAGCGAGGCUGCUCCCUUUGCAGCAGCAGCUUGC